CGCGACGUCCCCACACGGCCGGCAGUGAGGCGCACGCACAUCCACACGCCUUCUUCCUCCCCUACCGCCGAGUCGCCGCCGACGGCGGAGCCAUGUACACCGAACUCACCUCCCCAUCUCAACCGCCGGAACUGAUCCGCGGCAGCCUCAUCCCUGCGCUCCCCGACGACUUGGCUGUCCACUGCAUAGCGCUCCUGCCCCGCGCCGCGCACCCAUCCCUUGCCCUCGUCUCCCGAGCGUUCCACGCCCUCCUUUGCCGCCAUCCGGAGCCCCUCCUCGCGGCACGCCGCGCCCUCCGUCUCUCCGAUUCCCACAUCCUCCUCUCCCUCCGGCCGCCCUCCUCCGCGUCCCUCCUCUUCUUCCUCUUGCUCCAGCAUCCCGGGUGGCCCCCUCUCCCCCUUCCCUCCCCUCCCGUCCCCGUCUCGUCCUCCUCGUCUGUCGCCACCGACGGUAGCCGGCUCUUCCUAGUCGGCGGAUCCGUUGCCGGGGUCCCCUCUGCAUCGGUGCAAAUAUUGGACCCCCGAGCCAGAUCCUGGUCCAUCGGUCCGCGCCUGUCCUCCACGCGGGAGUUCGCCGCGGCCGUCGUGCACUCCGGUGUACUGUUCGUCGCCGGCGGGUGCGUUCCCUCGUCCCCCUUCUGGGACGAGGCUCUCGACCUCUCCUCCCCUAAUGCGAAGUGGAAAACUUUAGCCAGCCCUGUCCACCUCCGUGAGAAGUGGAUGCACGGCUGCGCGUCCCUUGCCGGGAAGGUCCUUGCGGUGGCGGAUCGUGGCGGCUUGGCCUACGAUCCUGCGGCGCCACCUGCGGAGGCGUGGGCGCCGGUGUCACCGGUGCUUGACAUGGGGUGGAAGGGCCGAGCUGCGGUGGUUGAAGGAAUCCUGUACUCUUACGAUUACUUGGGGCAGGUUAAGGGCUAUGAUCCAGACUCUGAUUCGUGGAGCGCAGUGGAGGGGCUGGAGAGGGAGCUGCCAAAGUUUUUGUGCGGUGCCACACUUGCCAAUGUUGGAGGAUUGCUGUACUUGGUUUGGGAAGGGAAGUGGAAAGGGAAAGGAAAAGGUAAGGGGGAAGUGAGGAGCAUGGUGGUGAUUGAAUGGGCUGGCAUUGAGGUUACAAGGGCUGAAGAGGGGCGGCUUAGAGGAAAGGUGGUCUCUAGGGACACUGUUCUAUUCCCGGAUGUGCCAAAAGGGUCAACGAUCACGCAUUGCAUUGCGUUGGAAUUGUGAUACGGUAGCUGCAGAUGUAAAGCAGGUGGUGUCAUCUGUGAUUAAUGUUUCUACUAGUGGUAUGAUGUGAAUUGUUCCUUCUUUACAAGGAUCAGACUAGAGGUCAGUAGAUUGCUAAGGGAUAAGUUGCUGCAUUAAAUUUAUAUAGUGGACUGAUGAUGUUAAUGUUUGCAACUAUACUGGCAUCAUUUAUCCAGCAUCCUUGAGCAAGAAAGGCAGAAACAAAGUAUAUUUCUGUUUGAUUUCUCGGAUGACUGGAUCACAGAGCCAUAGAUGAACCUAUUUAUCUUCCCUUGCACUGAAUUUGCAGUCUUCGGCAAAAUUCCAAUAGAUCGGUACUUCUAAAGUUCUGAUUUCUUCAGUUAGCUGCACUGCAGCCUGCAUGCUAGAAGUUAGCUAGUUCUUUUUCACUGACAUGUCCUUCAUGCAUUUCUGAGCCAGCCAAAAAGUUGCCACUCAGUCGCUGUUAUCUCGACUGACCCUCCAGGACUCCAUCCCCAGCAUCAGGAAGUAGUGCCCAAAUCCACAUUACUGCAUCAGGUUCCACCACCACCAGUGAUUCAAGCGAUAUGGUACAUACUUCUAUUGGCUUUUCAGACAUGCUGGGUAGUGCUACUUCAAGAGCUACUGCUUCGCCAGGAACACAAUUAUAAGUGUGAUCUCUUUAUGCGAACGGGUUUACUGCAAUGCUCAUAUGGUAUUUAGAUUUAAGCUGUUUUGUGCUCAUGGGUUUAUAUUAUUGGACCAUUGCAACAUAGUAAGGGUUUCAGUUUGUUGGAUUAGAUAGGUCUUCAGUUAAUCCAGGUGGUGUUGAUUAUGCUGGUACACUCGUGGCAUGGUUGUAUGCUGAUUAUGAGAAUAAUUCAACAGUUGUAUAGCAGCUACUCUGUUAGUAUGGAUCUUGUUCCCAGUUAAACUCAUUUAUUGGCACAGAAAGAUUGUGCUCUGAGGCCUGCCUAUUUUGUAACCCAAUGUCAGCACUAGCUGUGUCAAAUUAAUCUAUUCUCAUGAUUCA